AUGAAUCACAACACCAACAUCCACUUUGGGAACCGGACACUGAUCCCACACGAUCUCCACGGCCGGAGUUACCAAGACCCAGCCGUAAGCAUCGUGCCACAUCCGUUCCCUCCCAACCGCGCUCAUCCGACGUUUGAAGGACCUAGCCGAGACGAGCAUCAUUACCAUCAUCAUCAAAACCGACCUCCGGUUUAUCAUCAACCACCUAGACCAGUGUUGCAUUCACACCACGACCAUGUUCUCAAUAGGCGGAGAGAUAGCCAUUUCGAUGCCGUGCUUGAGGGUUUCAUGGAGAGCCAAAGAAAAACUAGCCGCGACAUUGAGACAAAGCUAGAGUUCACGCGAUACGAACUAGAUGGAAGACUUGGAGAACUCUCUACCCAAAUAGAGAGAGUAGAGUCAAGAUGCUUGGACAUGGAGGAAGAUUUGAAGAAGCAAGGCGAGGCCAUUGAAGACAAUAGGAGAGCGAUACACUUUACCAAAGUUUCUACCAAGGAGAUGGACAAUCACUUAGAUGAGAAGAUCACAAGUCUUGAUAACAACCUCGAUGGCACCACCAAGAGUCUCAAUUCAAUAACAGCAGUAGCUCAUCAAGCUAAGAGGGAGGCACAAAUCCGAGAUUUACACAUCUCUCUAGACAAGAGGAGCCAAGAUAUUCAAAGAAGAGCUAGAGGGCUUGAAGACAAAGUAGAUGGAGUCUCCAAGGAAGUCAAGGAUUUAACCACUCGCUUAGCCAACUUGGAAGAGAAGGUCUUGACCGAGGCAAAGACGACCGUUCCUAAGCACAACCAUGCCGCGCCCGUCUUUACUAUAAGAGAGACCGACCCAAGAGUGAUUUGGGAUGAAGAAGAAAGUAGAGCUGAUCAAGAAAGAGCCACAAGCUAA